AGAUCGCUGGCGUCCACGUUCCGCAAGAAAGAUAAUACAAUUCUGGAGUGACUGGAGUUUGUCUUUGGAUUGAAUCCCCCUGAAAUGCUCUGGUUCUCCUCUCGUGUUUCCAUGUGGGCCCUAACCUCGUCCGUCCCUUUCUCUUCUCUCCAGUACGUGGCGUUUGGAUCCCUACUCUUCAUCCUCAUCUCCAUCUCCACCUUCUGCAUGGAGACGCACGAGGCCUUCAACACCAUCUACAACCGGACGGAGAACGUCACGGUGGGGAACACCACCCACGAGGAGAUCGUCUACGAGGUGGUGACCGACAGCUGGCUGACCUACGUGGAGGGCAUGUGCGUGAUCUGGUUCACCAUCGAGGUGCUCCUCCGGGUGACCUUCUGCCCGGACAAGGCCGAGUUCUUCAAGAGCACCCUGAACAUCAUCGACUUCGUGGCCAUCCUGCCCUUCUACCUGGAGGUGGGCCUCAGCGGCCUGUCCUCCAAGGCCGCCAAGGACGUGCUGGGCUUCCUGCGCGUGGUGCGCUUCGUGCGCAUCCUGCGUAUCUUCAAGCUGACGCGCCACUUUGUGGGGCUGCGCGUGCUCGGCCACACGCUGCGCGCCAGCACCAACGAGUUCCUGCUGCUCAUCAUCUUCCUGGCGCUGGGCGUCCUGAUCUUCGCCACCAUGAUCUACUACGCCGAGCGCAUCGGCGCCGACCCCGACGACCCCACCGCCGCCAAGCACACCAACUUCAAGAACAUCCCCAUCGGCUUCUGGUGGGCCGUGGUCACCAUGACCACGCUGGGCUACGGGGACAUGUACCCCGAGACCUGGUCGGGCAUGCUGGUGGGGGCCCUGUGCGCUCUGGCUGGCGUGCUGACCAUCGCCAUGCCCGUGCCCGUCAUCGUCAACAACUUUGGGAUGUACUACUCCCUGGCCAUGGCCAAGCAGAAGCUGCCCAAGAAGAAGAACAAGCACAUCCCCCGCGCGCCACAACCCGGAUCCCCCAACUACUGCAAGCCCGACGCCCUCGCCAUGGCAACCGCAUCGCCGCAAAGGCUCCUGGGAAAUGUGCUAGGUGGCGUCAUAGGAUCUGGAGGAUUGGCGGGAGACUGCCCCCUGGCUCAGGAGGAGAUUAUAGAGAUCAACAGAGACUCCAAGCAGAACGGCGACGCCGCCUCGGCCGCCCUGGCCAACGAGGACUGCCCCAACAUCGACCAGGUGCUGAGCCCCGACGAGAGGAGCCCCGCCGUGAGGGGGGGUCCAGGGGGCGUCGGCAGGGGGGGGCUGGGGAACAGCCGCGAGCGCUACCAGCAGGACCGCGCCUGCUUCCUCCUCAACACCAGGGAGUUCCGCACCACCGACGGCAACGUUCGCAAAGUGUUGAGUUUCUAGUGGUUCCUUCUAACGAGGGCAGAUGGAUGGAGAGUCCUCGCUGGGCCCGACCUGAGGGACCAGAGCCCUGGCUGGAGACAAGAGACCAUCUGCACGCCUUCUUACCAAAACCAACCAACUAAAUUAUCAUCAGAAUGGAGAAUCUUCACCCUCACUUUCCACCUUCUCCAGCGUUCUCCAGGACAUCCCGACAGACUUUGCACUCACUCACUUUGGGAGAAAGAGACUUCCUGUCACAUGAAACAUUUUGAAAGACAUCACGCGCAGUUCCGUGCUCCAUCUUGCAGCAGAAUGACGGACUGACCCACUGAGCAACUUCCCCCCCAUCAUUGUAGCAUCUCCGCUAACAAACUGUAGCAUUUGUUGACUGGGAACUCUUGUUCGUUGUCCUCAACAGCUUGGCGGGAGGAUUUUAUGCAUUGGGAGAUGUUGGAGAUGGUAUUCUCCACCUAAACUAUUUCAUUCACAUGUCGAAUCGUACGUGAGUGACAGAGAAACAGUCUUAACUCUCAGAACUUUCAAUGUCCCAUAAGAUAUUUUUCCAUCAACUUGGUAAAAACAAAACAGACACAACCUACACACAA